AUAUUAUUAGGAUAUCAUUUUUUGAUGAAUAUAUAUUAUAUAUUAGAUCUCUAUGUGAAACUAAUCCAGGAUCUAUAUGGUCCCGUUUUUGUGGAAUCUCGGAUGGAGUUGUCAAUGUUCCCUUAUAUAUACAUAGCUACAAUCUAUAGACAAUACGCUCGUUUACGCUUUGUCGUGAUACUCAUAGCGAUUAGCUAUCUAGUGUCUAUCUCUUCAUAUACAUGUGCAUCGCGACAUGUAUGUCCAAGUGCUGCUUGUCCAGCGGAUCAACAUCGCAUGAAAUGCUUUAUCCCAGCCCAUUGGCCACAUAUCGAUGCCUCGUCGUCUAAAAUAUCGCAUACAUUUGCUUCAUCAAUGGAAGAUGGCGUUGAUGAAAGUGCAUCCACCCCGGAAAUGGAGUCUGCUCUUAAUGAUCCGGAAUUAGAAGAUUGGAAAACUGACAUGGCAGAUAUACCAGGAGCCUGGCGUAUGUUCUACCCACUAUCACUGAUGCAUACGGUUGGUAUCAGCGCAUACCCGAACAUAAGGCCAUCGGUACUGUUCUACAAUAUAUCCGGAGCUGUUGUUGGACCUGAACAUAAGGAUUCCGGCAAAGGGGGCUGGGUGCUAGAUGCCAAUACACCAGUGCAUAUAGAUGAUGGAACAUCAUAUCUACAUAACCGAAGAUUUGCCGUGGUAUUACUCAGCUCGAAGUCAUUCUCCAACAUCAAGUUGGUGCUACUAGGCAGAAUGUUCUACUCAAAAGAAUAUGUAAUGAAGGAAUUAAAAGAUGUAGUACAACUGAGAGCAGUAAUGUUUAUAGGGCAAGCCUUUGUAGAGUCAUGGCGAUCGCAAGAAUUAACAGAAACGCUACAGCGUAUAAGGCGACGAAUCACGGUGCUUGAUCGACAGGGGAACGAAGUAGAUCCCCUUACAUGGGAGUUUCUACCAUUGAAUAAACCAGGAUCACCUUUCAGGUGGAUGCAUGGUAAUGAUAAAUGGAAACUUUUGGGGCCUUGUACAGGCUACCGAGUCUUAGGAUCAGUUUAUAACGUUCCACACCAACCUAUGUUCCUGGACAAAUAUAACGACAAGGAAAUAUAUGACUACGUGGAUCCAGCAAAAGUGAAUAAGACAAUGUAUACAGCACCUGAAUUUAUAGAAAAAGAAACAAGAGCCGUCAUCGAAGCUGCAUUCGCGAAAAACAAAGGAACGCAAUUUAAGCUAUAUAACGAAAAUUACAUGGAAGAGUUUUACAACGAGAUGGUGGAACUCGCCAAAAAUGGGCCUGAGUAUUACAAAAAUGUCAUGCAGUAAACUAUUCAGUCUUUAUUUCAAACUCUUCGUCACUGCUCUGAUCGUCAAUCCAGUCGCAUGCGACGUCAUCAGGCUGUUUUAACUCAGCGGUGGCUCGCCGCAACGCAGCCUCCUUAGCAUCCUUGCUAGGUAAACAUUGGGCUUGCAAAUCCGUCUUUCCGUCAAAAAAGUAAACUUGCAAACGACGGCCGUCAAAUAAACGAUCU